GCAAGCCGCAGUCAGUCGAGUGCAUCAGCACGGUGGCAGACGCUAACCUAACGAGCGGAGGAAGACGAAAUUGCCCGGCCGAUGCGGCGGCGGCAGCAAGCUGGCGAUCUAUUCCAGCUCGACCUGCACCGCCCUUUCCUGAGAUCGGUCACCGCAGGGCAGGCUCGGCUCUGGCGCCCUCAAGCCCGCGCUCCAGGCCGGGCUCAAAGGGCGGCGUCCUGCUCCUGCCCCCCAACGCGCUGUACGAGAUCCUGCUGCGCCGCCCGGCCGAGGACCUCUGCCGCCUCCGCACCGUUUGCCGGCCGUGGCGCUGCCUCCUCUCCGACCCGCACUUCAUCGCCGCCCACGCGGCCCGCAUCCUGGGCCGCUCCCGCUCGUCGUCGCCGGCUAUGACACGGCUGAUCGGAACGACCGCAUCAUUUGCGAUAUCGUGGACCUCUCCGGGCACUUCGUGUACUCCCUCCCGGCACUGAGGAUGGAGGCGACGGCGUUUAUGGAACUUGCGCUCGAGCAGGUGAAGUUCGCGCUGGACAACCUUGAGGUCCCUGUAGGGUACGGUCCAAUUUCACUUCAGCCUGAUAAAAGUCAAUUCUUAAUUCCUAGUGUGCAAAUUGCAUGGUUUUGUCCCUAUUAUUCCCCUGUUGAUAGAUGUGUGAUUGUGGAAGAUGGAAAGGAUAUUUCUUCUGGUAGCAAUAAGACGAAUGCCACCAGGAAUGCUACCAGGCAUGCUGAGAUGGAAGCAAUCGAUGUCCUGCUUCGGGAGUGGCAAUGCAUGGAUCUUGAUCAGGCACAGGUUGCAGAAAAAUUCGCAAGAUGUGACCUUUAUGUUACCUGUGAGCCCUGUAUAAUGUGUGCAAUGGCGUUGUCAAUACUUGGAAUAAGAGAAGUGUACUAUGGUUGUGCCAUUGAUAAAUUCGGAGGAUGCGGAUUGAUCAUGUCAUUGCCCAAGGGUUCUUCAUCAGAUGAUUUGUCAGGGAACCAAACGCCUAAACCGAAAGGAUUCAAAUGCACUGGAGGGAUCAUGCCAGAAGAGGCAGUAGCUCUUUUUAGGUGUUCCUAUGAGCAAGGAAAUCCAAACGCUCCAAAGCCCCACAGACCAGUCCGAAUAGCUCAACAGUGACUGUUGUGUUUAGUUGAACCACAAGCAUGGCGAGUAAGAUAUCAGGAAUGGAGAUAUUGAAACUGGACGGAAUUCCUUAGUUUAAGAUGCCCAGGGGUGGAUCCAGGGCCCAUGCUGGGGGGGGGGGCUGCAGCACGGGCUCAGCCCAAGAAGCCCAGAGGAAGAUAGAGGAAAAUUCAGAAAAAAAAUGCAUCAUUUUAGCCCACAAGUCCAGGAGAAAGAAAGAGAAAAUUCAUAAAAAAUGCAUCAUUUUAGCCCAUAAACCAUGAAUUUGGUCCAAUAGCAAGAGGCCCAACACCCCUUUUGGCAUUGGGCUGGAUCCGCCCCUGCAGAUGCCUGACGAGUUUGGCAAUUCAACAAGUUUUGUCGUGGCGGAAGAGCUUGUUGGUCUCCCUGAAAUUCAGCCUCGUUCAAUUGCAGCAAAGUUUCUCAUCGCUUCUAAUCUUAAAAGCAACAUUUGGCUGUGGUCUAUGCACAAGAUACAUUGGAAC